CUCAAUAUAUAAGGAUAUAUUUAAUGUUUUUAAAAAUACAAAAAAGAUGGGGGUUUUAUCCAGCAAAAAGGUCACAAAAAGGGACUAUAUACUGUUUAAAUUAAAGACACAACGGGAUAGAUUACAUAUGUACCAAAAAAAAUCGGAAAAUUAUGUCAAAAAUAUGAAAGAAGCGGCAAAAAGAAGUCUUAUACAAGGCGAUAAGCAGAGAGCGUUGAGCUUUUUAAGAGAAAAGAAGAAUUAUGAAACGCUUUUUAAUAGGGCACUUGCUCAUGUAGAGACAUUGGAAAAUUUGAUAUCAACCAUUGAAUUUGCAUUAAUUGAAGAGGAUAUUAUAUAUAUACUUGAGCAGAAUUCAUAUUUAUUAAAGGAGAUUAAUAAGAAGAUGUCAUAUGAAUCAAGUUUGAAACUUAUGGAUGAAACGAAAGAAGCGAUUAAUUAUCAAAAUGAUAUCAGUAAUAUUUUGUCAGAAUCGUUGGAAGAUAAGGAUGAUGAAUGUUUAAAAGAGUUAAAAGAAUUGCAGCUUUAUAUACUUCCUAGUAUUCCUGAUAAGAAGUUAUGCCAUGAUGAAGAAGUAAUGGAAGUACACAGAGAAAAUAACAAGCAAAAAGAGUCAUCUCAUAUGUUAUUAGCAUAAACUUUAAUAUUUAUAUUAUACAGGAAGGUUUAUAUUAACUUGAAA